UCACAUCGCUAUAUUAAUAUCAAAACUCUCAAAAGCCACAAAGAAACUCUUCCUUCCUCAAAAACCUAGUUCAGGGCUUCUCUCUGCAACAAAAGAAAUGGGAAAAGGAACAGGGAGUUUUGGUAAGAGGAGGAACAAGACCCACACGCUGUGUGUGCGAUGUGGGCGCAGAAGCUUCCAUCUCCAGAAGAGUCGCUGCUCCGCUUGUGCCUAUCCAGCUGCCCGUGUCAGAAAAUAUAACUGGAGUGUGAAGGCUAUCCGCCGAAAGACAACCGGAACUGGCCGUAUGAGGUAUCUCCGUAACAUGCCACGCAGGUUCAAGACUAAUUUUAGAGAAGGCACCCAAGCAACCCCGAGGAACAAGGGAACAGCCGCUGCAUCCUCUUAAAGUUCAUAAGAGCAAUGUUAUUCAGUUUUGUUUGAUAUUCUUGAAUUCUCAAACAAUUUUUGGAUCAUUGUUUAAAGAGAGUUACUUAUUGUUACAAGUCAUGAGUUGUUUGCGAUGUUGGAGACUUAUAAUUAUCUCGGCUUGAAUUUGAUAAUCAAUGGUCACUAUUUUCAUCUGUC